AUGUCUUACACUGACGACUACACGGACAGUUCUGACACAGAAGGUUCUGUAUCAUCAGUUCACUCGAUCCAGCAUGCUUCUGGCGGCCGAGUCCGUUCUGCAACCCAACGCAACCCCAGUUCAAUUCUGACUACGAUACUAGAUUUCCCUCGAAAUAGUCCGAAACAGUUCAUCUUAUUCAUUUUCACCAUAUUGCUAUCUUGGAAGCUAGAGAUUUACAGCAAACUAGCAACGCCAUUUUAUGACUACACUGCAGGGGACUGGGCCACGAUUUUCCACUGGCGAUACGAGCCAUCCCCCGUCCAGGCGUGGCCAAAAUGGACCAACAGAGACGUCACCGUGAUUCUCCCCACGAUUGACCCAGGUAACGUAAAGUUCGUCAAGUGCAUCCUCUCCGUGCUCGAAAAUAGGCCGGCCGCCAUCCUCAUAGUCACCGUCGGCGCCAGGAUGCGCCGCCGCUGCGAGAAAGUCGCCAGGCGCUACAAGAGACAGUACCCCUCCACAAGAAUCGGCGUGAGCGCCAUCCUCCACCCAUCGAAGCGCCGUCAGGUGGCCCACGCCGUACCGCACGUCGACACCGAUAUCACGAUACUCGCAGACGACCACGUCUACUGGCCAAGCACCGAAUUUAUACCCUCGGUCCUGGCCCCUUUCGAGGACAACAACAUGGGAGUGGUGGCGACAUACAAGCGCGUCCUUCGCACGACACCUGGUAAGUGGUCCGUCAUCUCUAUUGUCAACCUGAUUGGAUGCUUCUACCUCCUCCGCCAUAAUUGGGAGCUGCGCGCCUCCAAUGCCAUUGACGGAGGCGUCUUUGUCGUCUCUGGCCGCACCGCCGCCUACCGAACCAAGCUCCUCAAGUCAACGGGUUUCAUGGACAGGUUCUGCAGGGAGCGAUUUUUCUUUAGUCUUUUUGGUGGCAAGGGUCUUGGCCCCGAUGACGAUAACUUUCUCACCCGCGAAGCGUACCGACAUGGUUGGAAAGUCAAGUUCCAGCAGACCGAAGACAGCGUGGUUGAGACGUCGCUGGGCGACGAGAAUGCCGUCAAGUUCCGGGGUCAGCUGGUUCGCUGGGCGAGAACGACGUUCCGGAGCAACCCAUGCAUGUUGAGGCGCGUCAGUGACGUCUACACCUGGCGCAUGCCAUACACCUAUAUGGCGGUAUACGUAGCGGCCCUAUUCAACUUUGCUCUGUUCUGGGACGCAACUCUUUUCGUGUCUCUGUAUCUUUCAUGGCAUACAAGGGGGGUUUUCACAAGCGAAAUGGGCCUGCUUGCGCUUUGGGUCCUUUGGACCAAGACCAUCAAGCUCUGGCCGCACAUCCUUCGCCAUCCUUCCGAUAUCCCCUUGAUACCAUGCCAGAUUCUCUUUGCUUACGCUCACUCUCUCAUCAAGGUUUGGGCACUCUUUACGUUCUGGGAUUGUGCCUGGUUGGGCAGGAACUUGGACGCUGUCGACGCGGAGUCUAAGGAGUUGAGGAAGGAACUGGAUAAACACUUUACCUUUGCAUAAGUGGUAAAGAUUCCGCGCUGGCUCUGAAUAUUCACUGAUUCUGGA